AUUCAAUCAGUCGAGCUGAGCCAGCAAGAUGCUGAACAACAACAUCUGCAGAGUGUGCGGAAGGCAGAAGGUCUGCAAAAGAAGCGUGAAUCUUUUCGACUUGGUCAAUAGAAAAUAUCUAAGGCACUUGCAGAUGAUAACCGGACUUAGGUUGGAAGCACAGGAAAAUGCUCCAGGCUUAAUGUGUCUCUGCUGCCAAAUGGAUCUCAGAUCGGCUCUGGCAUUCCGUAAGCUGUGUAUCAAGACCCAAAAGCAAUGGCUGACCAUCGAGGAAGACCCAUCGUCCAGUGAGUCGCAAAGCGAAGCGAAACCUGAGCUGAAACCAAAUAAAUGUGCCGAAGUCAGCACUUUUGAGGAGAGCGACGACGACCGGGUGCUGGAAGAAACGUUUCAAAUACUAAUUGAAGAGGAGCCCUUGGAUAAUAGUUUGAUAAAUGAGAAAGAGGGGCCAGAGGAAGUGGAUUGUAGCCAAAAAGGGGGUGAAGAUGGCAUCUCCGAUUCACCCCCAAAGAUCCCCAAAGUUACACACAAACCCCAGUCCGUUCAAAAGAUAAAUGUAUGCGAUUUGUGUGGAACGCCAUUCGUCUCCAGAUCCUCUUUUCUGCGGCACAUGAGAAAACACGCGGGCGAUCGACCGUUCUGCUGCAAGCAGUGUGAUGCCAGGUUUCUCUCCGCUGCGGAACUGCGUGGCCAUCGUCUGGUCCACACCGGUGGCCAACCAUUUGCAUGCCGCUACUGCGAGAGGAAGUACGUCAGCUACAUGGGUCGCGUGAACCAUGAGAGGACUCACACCAACGAGCGACCCUUUGUCUGCGAAGAAUGCGGCAAGACCUUCACCUACUCCACCGUCCUCAAAAACCACAUGGUCAUCCACACGGGCGAGAGGCAUUUCCGAUGCGACCUUUGCGAUCGCUCUUUUCAGAGAAAGGAACACUUAGUAGCGCACUUCCGAACGCUGUUUCACCACCAAAAUGUCGAAAAGAAGAAAAGCAAUGGCACAAAAACUUAAUCCUAUUUCAAAAAUUAAAUCUUAAUCAGCGGAGUUGGAGGAGAUACUUAAGAUGGGCUAACUUUCGUACUAAAAGUUAAGGGAUCUUUAUACUUUUGCAUGUAAGGACAAACAAUUGUUUAACAUUAUA